AUGGCCACCACUGCCAACGGCAGCAGCCCCGUCGCGGGUCUGCGAAUGGAGAACCCCGUCAUCUUCAUCUGCGAUAUGCAGGAAAAGUUCAAGUCGGCGAUUCACGAAUUUGACAAGAUCAUCCUCACGUCUAAAAAGCUUCUGAGCUUCGCGCGGAAUUUCUCUAUCCCUGUCCAGACAACGACCCAGACAGUCGCCAAGCUCGGCCCUACGGUCGCCGAGCUGGCCGAGAUGCUCCCCUCACCCCCCCACGACAAGACCCUCUUCUCCAUGGCGAUCCCCCCGAUUCGCGACGCCCUGGCUCCCAGAUCUAGUGUCGCCCUCGUCGGCAUCGAGAGCCACAUCUGCAUUACCCAGACGGCACUGGACCUGCGCGACGCAGGCCACCACGUCUACGUCAUGGCUGACGGCGUGAGCAGCUGCAACAGCGCAGAGGUCACCGUCGCCCUUGACCGCUUGCGCGCAGAGCAGGGCAUCACCGUCACCACUAGCGAGAGCUGGAUGUACCAGUGCGUCGGCGACGCCUCCCACCCGGGAUUCAAGGGCCUGCUCAACGUCGUCAAGAACUCGUCCGCCGAUACCAAGUCCGUCCUGUCCUCUUUACCCCCCAACAUCUGA